AUGUCCACUGCUGAACUUGCUCAAGCCGCUCAACAGGCCCAUACCCUCACUCCCGGGUUCUUGGAGGAUGUUAGGGUGGCCACCUCCACGCUUUUGAACUUUUACAACUGUCACAGGGAAGGUCUUCUGGCCCACCAAUGGACGGUGGAAGAGGAUGCAUACGGGAAAGCUGAACGAUUUGUAUGUUUGCUCAUCGACAAGAAUAUGUGGUAUAACGCGGCCCAGUGGCUCAACCACCCUUGGAUUUUGGCGUACACGGAAAUGGCCUGA